AUGGAGGCGCAGGCGCAGGACAACAGGGCGGAGGACGGGGACGGCGCGCGGCAACACCACGUAGCCGGCGGCGUCGCGACGGCGACGGCGGCGGCGGCCGGGAUGGCGAUGGGCGCGAUCCCCAUGCACGGGUUCAUGGUCCCGAAGCCGGAGCCGGUGGAGUUCUUCGGCGGGAUGGCCAUGGUGCGGAGCAAGCCGCCGCCGCGGAACCGCGACCGGCACACCAAGGUGGAAGGCCGGGGGCGGCGGAUCCGCAUGCCCGCGGCGUGCGCGGCCAGGAUCUUCCAGCUCACGCGGGAGCUAGGGCACAAGUCGGACGGCGAGACCAUCCGGUGGCUGCUGCAGCAGUCGGAGCCCGCCAUCAUCGCCGCCACGGGCACCGGCACGGUCCCGGCGAUCGCGACCACGGUCGACGGUGUGCUCCGCAUCCCCACGCAGUCGUCCUCGUCUUCCAGCCCCUCGUCGCUCACCACCGUGGUCGACGGCGACGAGGCGUCCGCCGCCAAGCGCCGCCGGAAGCUGCAGCCCACGCGCGCGGCCGCCGGCGCGUUCCCGCUCGCCACCGCGGCGCCCGCGGCGGCGUACUACCCGGUCAUCGCCGACCCGCUCCUGCAGGGCACCGGCGGAGCGGCCAUCUCGCCCGGCGGCGGCGGCGGCAACCGCAUGAUCCCGCAGGCCACCGCCGUGUGGAUGGUGCCCCAGCCUGGCGCCGCGGCAGGUGGCGGCGUGGCCACCCAGCCCACGCAGUUCUGGGCCAUCCAGUCCGCGCCGCAGUUCAUCAACCUCGGCAGCGCGCAGACCGCCGUGUUCCCCGCGGCGGUGAACGUCGCCGACUUCCAGCAGCAGCAUCAGCCCAUCUCCAGCAUGUCUCACAACAGCAACUCGGAGCAGCUGCACCUGCAGCAGUCCCACGAGCAGCAGCGCGGCGGGCGCUGCGACGUCGACCAUCCGGAGGAGGAGGAGGAGGACGACGACGACGAGGAGCCGGUGUCCGACUCCAGCCCAGAAGAGUAA